AUGUCUUCUGUCAAAUCUAUAGAAAGUCUUCCGGACGAACUCUUUGAAAGCAUAGUCGACUAUGCAGCUGCGUGUGAUCGUUUUUCAUGCGAAUACCAUAUUCAAGGUCCGCGAAAACGUCAGCUUAUGCAAAUAGCUCUGUCAUGCAAAAAAUUGUGCCGAGCUGCUUUAAAGAUUUUAUGGAAAAAUAAAUUUGAUGGAGACUUUAACACAGCGUCCUUGGUACUUUUGUUGAGAUGCCUGCGAAGAGAAGUCAAACAAUCACUGUCGAUAUACGAACUACUCCCCGGAAACCCCUCUAUGCCAUACGGCACCUUCAUAAAUUCAAUUUCGCUUGAAAAGUUAUUCCGCUAUGUCGAUCAAUGGCUUCAAGAGCAGGUCUCUCAGGGGUUAUUGGCGAGCAACCGGCCCGAAAGGCGGAGAGAAGUUGCGCGUGAACUGCUUAGAUUAUUCAAGUCCAGUAACGAACCUCUGGAGAAACUCCGAUGGGUCGGGUUUCAUGAAAACGAAGUAUGGGUCACAAAUUACCAAGUCAUUCUUGAGCCCGAAUUCAGUCAAUGGAUUAGAAAUAUACAUAUUCUGGACAUCCAAGGAACCUUCGAUUUUACCGACUUGGUGGAUAAAUUGGUCGACAUGUGUACAAACAUUUCUAAUCUCACAUUCAGCUUCUAUUGCUUCGGAACAACUCCUUUUGUCAAAAACAUAACUGCGGCUCUGAAACUGAUACGCGCCCAAAAUGCGCUCCGCGUUCUUUCCUGGGGUGGCAUACAGGGAAUGCAGAGGAAUCAUGAGGAUCCUGAUGAUAUCUAUGGCAAUGAUCCUACAGCACUCCUUGCCACCUUGGAUGGACAAAAGUCUACUCUCAGAGAGCUUCGGUUGGCGCAUAUGGACUUUGAAAAUAUCGAUUUAUUGACAGACUUGGCAAUCUGCCAGAAUUUGCAAAUCCUUACCUUUGAAUACUGCAGUAACAUCCGUGCGAGAGCGAUCGAACCAAUGAUGAACGAAGCGUAUGCAAGUUUGGAAAAGGUUGAAAUAAAUUAUUGCGUGAACUUUCAAGCAAUGGAGGAUUUUGCGCGAGCUAGAAGAGUCUUGCGAAAUAAUCGGGACCGGUCGGAUGAUAAUCCUGACAUGUGGAAUUAA